AUUACUAAUGUCUGUUAAAGAUGGCGCCCUACAUUAACUGAAGGGGCAAAUGCGUUCUGCGAGAGCAUAUACGAAUUGAAGACGAUUACUUUAUAUAAUCACAAUGUUUUUAAAAAGCAUUUUUCGAUCUACAGUGUUGGGUUUACGGACACGGAGUGUAUUUUCAGGUGCAAGGCAGGGUAAUGCUGUUUUACCUGCCUUCACGCAGCCUCAAUGCAGCUUUUAUGCGAACUGGACGUUAACCAGUAUUUGUAAACGUGAUGAAAUCCUCCUAAACCAACCAGCGAGGCAGUAUGCUCGGCCCUCUAAAAAGAAACAAGAAUUCCCAAGUCAGCUUCAGGACCUGGAACCAUCCAUGCUAAAGCAUGAAUAUGCAUCCGUCCCGCUUGCACAAUCGAUAAACGAUGUGGUGAAGAAACUGCUUACGCUGGAGCUUGCGAAUCAUAGUGAAAAACUGCGUUUGAAAGAGGAACAACUUAUUGCCAAGGUGCAGAAGGAUGAGAACGACCGCAGUUCAAUGGAGGUCAAGGUGGCCAUUUUGACAGCGCGUAUUCGCAACUUUCAGGAACAUUUACACAAGCACCCCAAGGAUAAAGCCAACAAAAGAUUGAUGCUCAUGGCCAUCGAUAAUAGGAAUAAAAAGCUGAAGGUUCUGAGAAAGACUCAUUAUGACUCCUUCGAAAAACUGUGCCGAGAGCUUGGAAUCACAUACACGUUCCCUCCUGAAUAUUAUCGGCGGGUCACCCGACGUUGGCUGGCCAAAAAGGCCUUCUGCAAUAAGGUCUUUCAAGAAGUACAGAAACAAAAAGCAGAGCAGAGAGAGAAACAGAGAGCAGCAGAGGCUAAUGGAAAGUAGCCGUCAACUUCUACAGAACCAAAGGAACUGUGGCAUAGUGAUGUUCAGAUAGCUGACAAGACCUGUGUGCUGAAAUGUCCUGAAGAACAAUCUGAUACAAUCUCUUUUGAUGUCACAUUCUAAGAAAAAACUUAACAGAAACAUUUAUGCUCAACACAAUUUUAUCAACAUUUAUUGUCUUCAAUGGUAAAUCACCUUUUGGCUGCACCAAAUAAACGGUCUUAAAAUUCA